AUGGUUGUAAAGAUUCAUGGACUUCCUCCUUCGGUGUGCACCUGUACGGUCGCAGUUGUUCUGAAAGAGGUCAAUGUCCCGUACGACAUCGUACCGGUCAAUUUUCCUGAUAUGAAGGGAGAGGAUUACCUCACUCAAAAGCACCCCUUUGGCCAAAUGCCUGUUCUUAUCGAAGAGGAUGGCUUCAAGCUCUUCGAAAGCCGCGCGAUUGCACGCUACUUGGUUGCGAAACACACUCCAGACAGCAAGCUUAUCCCGAAGGAUCCAAAGGCGAAUGCACUAUUUGAGCAAGCAGUGUCGAUUGAGAACAAUGAUUUCUACCCAUAUGCCUCCGGAUUUGCCCUAGAGAAGAUCUUCAAACCAGCACAUGGUGUACAAGGAUCCGAUGAACGAGCUGCCGAGUACGUCUCAACGCUGGAAAAGAAACUAGAGGGAUACGAACGCAUCCUCAGCAAGCAGAAGUACCUCGCUGGUAAUGAACUUACACUUGCAGACCUUUUUCACCUUCCAUUCGGCACUUUUAUUACAGAGGUACUUGGUUUCAAGGGAUUCGAGGCGUUGCCUAACGUUGCACGGUGGUGGAAUGAAAUUUCAUCCCGCGAGAGCUGGGCGGAAGUCAUGCCAGGAAUGCUGGGAUACUAUUUAGGCCAGAAGAAGUAG